AUGGUUAAAUACGAAACUGUCAAAUUAGCCACUGGUGCCGAUUUACCGCUUUUUGGUUUAGGUACAUGGCUAUCCAAUGAUCCGGUAGCUCUAACAACAGCAUUGAAGACAGCUCUGGAUGCUGGAUAUCCGUUAAUCGACACUGCUUAUGUUUAUCAUAACGAAGCUAUCAUCGGGAAUGUACUCCAGGAAUAUUUUACUUCCGGCAAAUUAGAACGAAAAGAUAUCUUUAUCACAACAAAACUACCACUUAUGGUACGUAGACCAGAUGAGAUUGAAGAAUUGGUGAAGAAACAGCUGAAAGAUUUGCACGUGGAUUAUUUAGAUCUUUAUCUUGUCCACUGUCCCUGUCCAUGUAAACAUCGGCCUGGUGACACACCGGAUACCUACAAACUAUUAUUGGAAGAUGGACGUGUGGUUCCCGAAUUGAUUGACUAUAUUGAAACCUGGAAAGUGCUGGAAAAAUUGUAUAAAGGCGGAAUAUUGAAAGCCAUCGGGCUAUCCAAUUUCAACGAGGAACAAAUCCAAUAUGUUCUCGAUCAUGCAACUGUGAAACCACAUAAUUUACAGGUCGAAACACAUCUCUAUUGGCCGCAAAAGGAACUUCAUGAAUUUUGCAAGAAGAAUAAUAUAACAAUGACAAGCUAUGGGACACUUGGUUCGCCUGGUAGGAAAGUUUUCAAUCCGGACUUUACCUGGCCCACUGGUGAACCCAUGAAGGAUCCUUUAGUUUUACAAUUAGCCGAGAAAUAUAAAAAAUCACCAGCCCAGGUGCUUCUGCGUCACAUGACACAACGUGGUAUUUCUACUAUUCCAAAAAGUAUUAAUCCUGAUAGAAUAGUUGAAAAUUUCAAUAUUUUUGAUUUUAAGUUAACGGAAGAGGAAAUCAAGCAGCUGGAUGACGUAAAGACACGUGUUCGUCUUUUUCUUUUUGAUAUACUUUUCGAUCAUCCGUGGUAUCCGUUCAAAGAUGUCGACUUAUCGAAGAUGAAACGCGUGUAUUUCAGUUACUAA